GCUGAGAACGGCCUCGCUGACGCCGAGUUCCCCCGGGGCUAUGACACGCCGCGUUGCGUUGAGACAAAGCCCUGGAACACAGCAAAAGAAGUGCGGACUCCGUCUCCUUGGCUGUCACGAAUCCGUACCCCAUCACCGCUUUUGCAAAGGGCCUACGAUUUGCCACCACCAUUGGCGUUUUCUCCGCUUCUUCCCGGCUCCAGGGUUCGAGCUAAGUCGCCAUGGUCCACAUCUUCCUCUGCAGGUGAAGUCGACCCGCCUUCCAGGGGCUCCAUUGGACAUCCCUACAGUUGUGGGGCGGCUUGCAAAUACAGUGGGAAACCCCGUGGAUGCAAGGAGGGCAGGUUGCAGAAGGCAUGCUGA